UGGAGUUACUUUCCUUUUUCUUAAGAAUAGAAAACAUUUUAGAAAAUAAGAUGCUUUGUUAUGAACCAAUAAUCAGCUUCAGCUCCAGCAUUAAACUGCUGCUCACGUGUUAAAGCAUCUGAUUUAUAUCGCAAAGCAAAACUAGUACUUUUACUGAAGUAACAUUUUCAGUGAAGAGUUGUGCUUAUUUUGGCAGUGUGGUAUUAGUACUUUUACUGGAGUAAAGGAUCUGAAUACUUCCUCCACCACUGACUUUAACCUACACACACACACACACACACGCUGUAUAUACAGGGUGUGUGUGUGUUUUCCAGAAAUAACUCAGCCUUCAGAGUGUUUCAGCAGGAGGGAGGAGGGAGGAGGUCCUGACCUCCUACAGAGCAGCAGCAGUUUUUACUGUCCAGACUCCAACUGAAACACGAGGACAGACUCUCAGCUUCAUCCUGAUUGUGUGGAACAGUAAAAGCAGAGAAGAAGAGUCGGUGGGCCCAGGUUCAUCCGGGGGAGGACGGACUGGAAAUCUGAUUACUGUGGCUUCUUUUUUCUUUUCCUGCUGGAUUUAACUCAAACCAGAUGGUUUCUCUGCCAGACUCCACCGACGGUUCGGUUGUUUUUAACUUCCCUCCGACGCCACCAAACUUCACGCGUUUCUCGGCAAAUUGUAACCCUCAAGUUUGAAGAGAAAAUGCGCUGUUUGGAGUUUUUUCAUGUUAACGGAUUCUUCUGACGGUCCCGUUAUGACUCCAGUUUGACUUUGAGUUUUCAUCAGCUGACAGGACGUCGGGUUUCAGCACAGACGCAGGACUGCUGCGCACUUUGGAUUGAGACAAACCAGGAGGAUAAUUGGAUAAAUCAACGAGAAUCAUUUGCCUUUGAAGUGUCAUAUGGUCCUCUUUCUUUAAACUCACAUGAUCUCACCGAGGAGGAGAGAAGAUGCAGCUCGGCUGCUCUGAAGCGAAGUUCUGUCCUUCGCCGCGCGUCCCGGCUGCUCUUCUGCUUCUGUUCGGGUGCAUCCGCUGCGCACAGAGCGUCCGACCCAAGAAUUAGGGCUUUUUAAAAUUUGAUUCGUUAUUGAUAAAAGUUCUUUGGACUCACAACAUGAGUUAAUACUUUUUCAGACUCUUAUGGAUCCACUAGUAAAUUCGGCAUAAAUAUAAUCCAUCAAAAGGCUCCUUAAGUCAACAAAACAGUCGCAUUUAACAAACUUCCUGACAACCGAGAUGCAUUCAUGUUUGGUGGGGGGAAACUAGUAUAUCGCCAAACAUCACUGAAAAUUAGGCUAUUUUAAAAUUUGUUUGGUUACCAAAAGUUCUUUGGACUCACAACAUGAGUUAAUACUUUUUCAGACUCUUACAGAUCCACUAGUAAAUUCGGCAUAGUUGUAUUACAUCAAAGAGGAAAUAUUAUUUCGAUAAAACAGCAUUUAACAAACCCUUUAACAGUCCCGAUACAUUGAUGUUUGGAGGGAAACUGCAAGCGGAGCUUAUAAUCAGGAGCUUUCCGUGAAGAGAUGAAGAUGAGGAGUGAAGAUGAGGAGUGAAGGUGAAACGCUCAGGAAUGUGAAGUGAAGGACUGUUUCCUGUCAUGCGGUGCCUCCUGGCUUCAGCCGGCGGGCUUCUCCUGAGGGAAGCCGGGAUGCUGCUCCGCCGCCGGUCCUGCUCCGGCCCGCUGCUGCUGCUCGGGCUGGCGGUGUGUCUCUUCUACCAGACCCUGAUGGUGGCCCGGAACCGGCUCCGGUCCGGACAGCAGCAACCCGCCGCCGAUAUCCGCAGCAGAAAGCCGUCAGAUGAAGUCCUGAUGGAGGAGACCAGGAGGUUUAUUUCUACUCUGGAGACUUUACAGAGACAGACACAGAUGCAGGUCUGGUCUCAGCUGCCCCCCCGGCAUCGUCGGGCCGUGGUUCUGAUGGGCCGACACCUGGUUUCAGACACUGAGGUCCAGCUGUACCAGCAGGUUCUGCAGCAGAUGGACUACGAGGUCCAGCUGUCCAGAUACGCCGAGACCAGCAGCUUCCUCAGAACAGAUAACGGUGUGGGUGGGUGGAGCCUGUUGCUUUGUCUUAGUAGUUCAGAGAGAAGCUGCCUGAGGAGAAUCUCCUUCUCUCACCUGCAGCGUCAUCAGAUGGUGAACUUGUUGCCCAGGGUGAUGGAGGCAUUCUCUGAUGCAGGUGGAGGACUCUGUCACUUCUACACUCGAUCACACCUGACAGGAUCUGAAUUACCCAUGAGGCCUUACUCCUGUGGAUCAACCAAUCAGCUGCAUGUCCCUCAGGACUCUGCGGGAGCUGACAGUCACUCACCUGCUGGAGCCCCGCCUCCUGCUGUGGUUGCCAUGGUGAAUGUUUACAUCCUGGUGACCUCAGUGAAGCCGCUGACUUCCUUCCUGCAUGACAUCAGCGUGGUGACGACCAAUCAGGAGCAGAGGGGGCGGCCCACAAAGCUCAGGAACUUCCUGCUGCAGCAGCUGGGACCAGCGGCAUCCCAUGAGGCUUUGGGGCAGGUGAAGAAGGUGAUAGGUCAAGUGCUGCAGGCUGCCGUGUCGACCAAUGGGAAGCAACAAACUCUCCACAGGUGUGUGUUGUGUUACCAGCUGUUGACCUUCACUCUGCUCUUCAGCGGCUCCGUCACACCUGUCGUCGUCCAGGUGGACACCGACCUGAAGUUUUCUUCUCUGAGCGACGACACGUUUGAUGGACAGAUCACCAAAGACCUGAUCCUGGAGGACACGCUCCGCUUCCUGCUGCCGACACACACACACCUGUCCUCAGAGACGCACACACAGACAGAGGGGAGACAGGUGAGACAGGUGAGACAGUACGGUGGCUGCAGAGGGACACAUCCUGUCUGUGUGUCAGAAGACGAGUUUCUUCUUCUGCUGCAGUUUCAGCGGCGGCUGAAGACGCCUUCAGCUUUUCAGCUGUUGUAUCCCUCCUCCUCCUCCUCCUCCUCUUCCUCCUCCUCCUCCUCCUCCUCCGGGCCUCUCAGUUUCUCUGAUCUUCUGAUCCGGAUCAGCCGUUACUACGAGCUUCAGGAAAACCGCAGCUUCAGAACCGAUGAGACAGAAGAACUGACCAAUCAGGAGUCGGCUCUGUCUUCUUCACAGGAUGGAGCUGAAGGUCCCUGCUUGGACCCCCACCUCAGACAGAUCUACACCGACCCCCCCCUCACUCUGACCCCUCCCUUCAGCCCCUGGGUGAAGGAGUACCACGCCGAGGUGACCUUUGACACGGUGACGGUUCGAAUCCGGCCGGAGCCCGUCAGCUCAGCCUGCCGGGUCCACCUGGACGAGCACCGGGGCCCCAGGAUGGCGAACUACCCGGUCGGCCUCGGCAACAGCAGGAUCAGCAUCCUGGUCACGGACGACGCUGACCCGGAGCCCGUCGUCAUGGCGAUCUACACCGUCCACAUGUACCGCGAGAGCCGACCCAGUCUGCCCAUGUUCGGGGAUCAUGUGACGUGCAGCUUUGUGCAGGACUGUGGUCUGCUGGUCCAGCCCGGUCGGUCCUGUGGUCUCCAGCCUUUCAUCAAGUCACAGAGUUCACUUCAGACCUGCAGCUCAGGACACGUACCAGGUCGCUGGGUGGUUCCGUGUCUCAGCUGUUCUGACAACAGGACGUGUGAUUGGAGGGAGGUUGACUGGCAACCUGACGGCUGUUAUCACCCGUUAGUGGCCCGCCCCCUGCUGCAGGACUGUAUGACGAACAGGAAGGUGUUGUUUAUCGGCGACUCGACCAAUCGUGGGAUGAUGUACUUCCUGAUGGAGCGGGUGAACUCUAGUCUGGAGGACUGGGGCAAAGCUCACGACACGCUGGUCUACAGGAACCUGAACGGAGGACGGACCCUUGUCAGCUACUCAUAUUAUCCUCAGUUCUGGUUGGAGAAGAACCAGAGACCCACGUUCAGACAGGCUCUGCUGCAGCUGCUCAACAGGUCACGGCCUCUGGUGAACUCUAACCUGACAGUUCUGGUGGUGGGAGGAGUCCAGUGGCUGAACACCGAUCACCUGAGGACGGUCAGAGAGGUGCUGAACAGAGAGUCUCUCAGUGACAUCCUGGUGGUGGUGAAAUCUUUGGGGAUGGGUUUCCAUCUUCCUGUAGACGGGAUCCGAUCCCUCAGUCUGAAAGAGGUCCAGGAGCUCUACAGAGAGAACCGGAACAUCAUCACCACAGCAAAGCAUCAUGGGUACGAGGUGAUCGACACAUUCAGCAUCACGAUGGGUCGAUACAAAGAGUUCCUGCAGGGACGAUGUGCCUGCCACUUCCAUGAGGUGGAGAAGUUUUGGUUCUCCAGGCUUUCAGACGACACGACGUCCACAACCAACAGAACCAGAUCCACCAGACCUGAACCUGGACUCAGCAGCCAAUCAGCCAUGCUGGGCCCAAGCCAGGAGGCGUGGCCUAAAGCCUCAUCCUAUCACGUGAGAGGACCAGUGAACCAGGUGUACUCUGAGAUCCUGCUGAGCCGCCUGUGUCCCAAAACCAGAAACUAACCACCUGAGAGAGAGUGUGUGUGUGUGUGAGAGAGAGAAGACUCACCUGUCUUAGUCACCUGCAGCAGGACUUGAAGGUCAGCAGGGUCUCGUGGUGGGGGAGGAUCACCGCUGACGGAUGAAUAAAAGACUAAAAGGAAAUGAUGAGGAAAGAAAAAGAAGAAAAAGACUGAAAGCUGAACAUUUCCCAGGUUGUUGUGUUUUUCGUCAGGACUCAAAGGUGUGACUGUAUAAAACUCUUAAAGUGACGCGCAAACAAGAAAAGAAAGUAAGCGUCGAGUGUUUAAGGUCCAAGGUGAGAACAUUCAGUAUCUGUUUCUUUAUGUACAGCAGUGAGAGACAGCAGAAUGAUCUGAACACUAAAUAGUUUCCCAAAACCAACAGAAAGCUUGUGGUUACUUUCUAACCCGUUCUCCACUCUCGUCUCUAACCUGCUAGUUACUGAAGCCAAUGCAGCUAGUUUUGAAUGCAAACAGUUAGUUUCUAAUGGACCAGCUACUUUCUGCCGUGCACUAACUAGUUUAUAAAGCGCACUAGCUAGUUUUAAUGCAAACAAACUUGUAUCUAAUGUGUAGCAACUAGUUUCUAAUGUGCUCCUUGUUUCUAACAGCAGCUAGUUACUGAAGCUCACAGCUGCUUUCUGCUGUGCACUAACUAGUUUCUGAUGCACACCAGCUAGUGUUUAAUCUGUACUAACUAGCUGUUGUGCACACUAGCAUAUAUAUUUAUAUUUACAUACCUCAGUCGAUGAUUUUAAAGUUUGUAUCAGAUAAUAUUCGAACCAAAGACUCGAUGAUAACUGUGUUUAUCAGGUGAAAGAAAUGUCUUAUUUGAUUCUCUGCUUAUAUUUUCUAUAUUUUUCUACAGAUGUUUAUUGUGCCUUUAUCUCUAAACAUGUUUACAUGCUGGAAAAUAAAAUCUAUGAAUAUUUAUAUGAAUGUUAAUAUUCUCCUCGGAUCUUUAAAAUAUGAGAUUGUUUACCAAAAAGCAAAAAGACACAAACACAAUUUAUCUGUUGAGACAUGAAAUCUGUUUUUAUUUUAUUUCUUUUCUGUUUAAAUGUUUAAGAAUCUUCAUCUUCUCGUCUUUUUUACAAACUCACCAUUUUUUAAAGCGGUGUAAAUUGUGUCUUUAUACAUUUUAAUAUACCUUUGGCAUAAAAGUUGUAUCAUAAAGCUGCCAGUUUGCUCA